GGUCGCGGUCGCUCUGCCGGUUUCCCUGCUCAGCUCGGUGCUGGGGAAUCGCGUCCGCGGCCCCGCCUCGCCUCGCCUCGCCCCGCCGCUCCUGGCAUUUGGCGUCAGCCGAAGCUCCGUGGGGCCGAGACAUGGCUCGCUCGCCCCAAACCCUCGUCGCCGCCAUCGCGGGGCAAGAGCCCUCCGCGACGCUCGGUGGGCUGUCGCAGCGAUAACCUGCGCCUCGACCCCGUCCCUCUGCGUUGCUGCUGCUGCCCUGCUCGCCCCGCGCAGGCUGCGAUUCCCGUUUCUCCCUUGCAGCUCUUCCUGCACAGCGUGUUCGGGUACCGCGGGAUCGUCCUGUUCCCCUGGCAGGCCAGACUGUACGAUCGGGACGUCACUUCCCCUGCCCGAGACAAGAGCGAGAAUGCGGCGGGUCACGGAUCCAAAGAAGUCAAAGGCAAAACUCACACCUACUACCAGGUGCUGAUAGAUGCUCGGGAUUGUCCUCACAUAUCUCAGAGGUCGCAGACAGAAGCAGUUACGUUCCUGGCAAAUCACGACGACAGCAGAGCCCUCUAUGCCAUACCAGGUUUGGACUACGUGAGCCAUGAGGAUAUCCUUCCCUACAACUCCACUGAUCAGGUGCCCAUUCAGCACGAGCUGUUCGAGAGGUUUCUCAUAUAUGACCAGACAAAAGUUCCACCUUUUGUAGCGAGGGACACGUUGUGUGCAUGGCAAGAGAAGAACCAUCCCUGGCUGGAGCUCUCUGAUGUGCACCGGGAAACCACCGACAACAUCCGGGUCACUGUCAUCCCUUUCUACAUGGGCAUGAGGGAAGCCCAGAAUUCACAUGUCUAUUGGUGGCGCUAUUGUAUCCGCUUGGAGAACCUUGACAGUGAAGUGGUGCAGCUCCGAGAACGGCACUGGAGGAUAUUUAGCUUAUCUGGCACCCUGGAAACUGUCCGGGGCCGAGGAGUGGUAGGACGGGAGCCAGUCUUAUCCAAAGAGCAACCAGCGUUCCAGUACAGCAGUCAUGUCUCCCUGCAGGCAUCCAGUGGCCACAUGUGGGGCACUUUUCGCUUCGAGAGGCCCGACGGCUCCCACUUCGAUGUGCGAAUCCCCCCCUUCUCCCUGGAAAGCAACAAGGAUGAGAAGACUCCCCCCUCCGGUGUGCACUGGUAGAGUCAUAGAGCGCGGACCGCCGAGGAGCACGGAGACCUGCUCCCAAGCGCAAUGCAGCCAGGACGCAGCAUUUUGACACCUUUAAACCAUUCUGUUCUAA